AUGGCAAACAUUGUUGAUUUUAAAGUUGAUCGCGCCAACGUUGAAAGGUACAAAAUUAAGUGUAGAAACCCUGAUUGUGGAUUCAGGUUGCAUGCAUCAUUCAGGAAGAGAAGUGAUUCAUGGGUGAUAGGAUAUGUUUCCCAAGAUCACACGCGUGUUAACACAAAUGUUUCACAAGAUCACCGUAAGCUAAGUUAUGAUAUUAUAUGUCAAGAAAUCUUGCCUCUAGUAGACAAAGAUCCAUCAUUAAAGGUGAAACCGAUAAUCUCUCAUGUCGUUGCAACUUACAAUUACACUCCGUCUUAUAGAAAGGCGUGGCUGGCGAAGACCAAAGCGAUCGAACUUGUGUAUGGAAAUUGGGAGGAUUCGUACAAACAACUCCCACGUUUCUUAUAUGUGCUUCAAAUUUAUGCUCCUGGAACCGUUACUAUUUUAGAGACCAUUCCGGCACAAUCUCCAGACGGAACGUGCCUUCAAGGAAAUGUGAUAUUCCACGGGCUUUUCUGGGCUUUCCGCCCAUGUGUUCAAGGAUUUGCGUAUUGCAAACCAAUUCUUCAAAUAGAUGGCACUUGGUUGUACGGAAAAUAUAAGGGGACCUUGUUGGUGGCUGUGGCACAAGACGGAAAUAGUAACAUUUUUCCUGUUGCGUUGGCUCUUGUGGAAGGAGAAACUGCUGGAGGUUGGAGUUUCUUUCUCAAAAAUCUUCGGACACACGUUGCCCCUCAACCUGGACUCUGUUUGAUUUCAGACAGACAUGCUUCCAUCGAGAGUGCAUACAAUAAUCCAGCAAACGGGUGGCAAAAGCCACCUUCAACACAUGUUUACUGUAUUCGACAUAUCGCACAAAAUUUCAUGCGAGAUAUAAAGGACAAGGCUCUUCGGAAGACUCUUGUCAAUGCCGGAUAUGCAUUGACUCAACCGACCUUCCAAUAUUAUCGACAUGAAAUUGUAUCGGCAAAUCCAGAUGCAGGCAGAUGGAUAGAUAAUCUAGCUAGAGAGAAAUGGACCAGAUCAUACGACAACGGGCAGCGAUGGGGGCACAUGACUACAAAUCUUGUGGAGUCUAUGAACGGAGUGUUUAAGGGCAUCAGACACCUUCCGAUUACUGCCUUGGUGCAAGCAACAUACUAUAGGAUAGCUUCUCUUUUCGCACGAAAAGGUGAGCGUUGA